ACAUUGAACAGUCGUCUAAAAGUUGGGACAUGUCGGACCUUUGCCGGCGUUACAAUUUAAAAAUUAAAAAAGUUAUGUGUGCUGUCGGAAAUUGAAUUUGCGCGGGGAUUCGAUAAUGGAACGCGCGUGUAGGAGUGACGUGAAAAUGUUUUUAGUGUUUUUGUUUUUAGUGGACAAUCUUCGUGUUUACGGCCAGGAUUAUGAUAGAGACGCCCGGAAGCUCUUUGGUGGCUACAGAAUAACACCUUCAUACUGCAAAGCAAGUCGAGCAGCGAAGUAUAACAGAGGCAAUACAAUUUGCAUGUUCAACCAUGAAUGUGCCAAAAGAGGGGGAGAAGUAGUCGGUUCUUGUAUGGACGGAUUCCUCUUUGGAGCAUGCUGCCAGCUUAAAUUAGAUAGUCAAUCCCACAUCCCAAAAGGCCCUGGGGUUGUUAUGACAAGUUAUUUGGACUACCCUGAUCCAGAAACAGAAACAGAUGACUACGAUGAACAGCUAAGUGCAUGGCAUAACAGUUUCAAGCCCGUUGUAACACCUGGCUAUAAGCCAGCAUCAGCAACUUCAACAGUUAAAAACAUAGAACAGGAUUUAAGUACGGAAGCGCAUAUGAUAUCUGAAGGAUUAAGUCAAAUAACAAAUACUCUGCUAAGUACACCACCGAAAGACAACUUUGUUUACAUAAAACCUAAGCCAGAAAAUGUUUACACUCACAGCACCAUAGAUCAUGGGCCAGCAGAUACUGUUCUGCUCCAUAAGAAUGGCAGUGAAGUAAUUGAUAUUGCAAGGCCCUCUGAUUUUAACAUACAGAUAUCAUCGAUGCAAACAAAACCAACAAAACCACCAACAUCGACUUCGACUGCCAUACCGGGUAUUAUAGUAUCAACACAUCGUCCGAUUGUAAAGCCAGUUUUCAAACCCAAACCAAAUAAAACAACAUCAACCGAAAAUUACGUCAUGGUUUCAACAGUGACAAAAGAAACCCAAAAACUGCCAGAGCUAUCUUCAAUUGACAGCAUUAUACAAAUGCUUAACGAGAGCACGACAAGCAUGAAGCAAGAUAUUAGUUCACCGUCAACGUUUGACAUUAUGGAAACUAAAUCAUCGCCAAUUCCAACAACUGUGAACCCAGUAUCAUACAGCAGUGGUUAUCCCACUCAAUAUUUAUCUACUGGUCAUUAUGUAACGUUAAAGCCAUCAUCCAUAUCAACUACAAUUGGAUACUCUCAAAGACCAGCUAUAACUAAAAAACCCUCCUAUUCUACUUCUAAUAGCAUACCAUAUGAAAAACCAACAAAGAAACCGUACAAACCAAAACCGGUUCAAUCAACAAGUUCAGAUAUAGAAGCUUUUAAUAAAUACCCGACAGAUCCAAAUGAUUUUGGUCAAACUAUAACAACAUUUAGCUACGUUAGUUCUACGACAACUAGGAAACCUACUACAACAAAGCCUAGAAAGCCUCCUUCAACUAGCUACGUAACAGGUUCAAGUCCUUUAAGAAGACCAACCAAACCGCCUAGUAACGAAGUACCUGAAUUUGAUUCUUCCGUCGAUACAUUUUCUAGUGUCACUCCAACAGUUAUAGUUCUAAGCAGCCUUCAAACUUCAAAACCAACUAAAGAACCAGAAUUUGUAGAGAUUUCUCAAGAGCCUUUCAAGAAGCCUAUCAGUCAAAUAACUGUUAAUAAUCAUAUUGAAUCUACCAACAAUAUAUUUAUGGGUAAACCGCCGCAACAAUACGAAAGACCGUCAUCUCCUACUGUGGUUAUUACUCCAAAACCAUCCCCAAGUACCACACCAUAUCGUACUACUCCAAAACCAUCUCCAAGUACAACUCCUUAUCGUACUACUCCAAAACCAACUAGUUCUGUACCAAACUUCGAAUUGUAUGCUGAAACAACUACAUAUAAACAAGAACUUCAAACAUCUCCAGAUGACUUAAUAAACUUCCCACCAGUAAGAAAUCCAAUGUUAAAUGCAACUGGUUCAAACCCAGGUCUCUAUAAUACAAGCGUUGCGAUGUCUGAUAAUGAUUUAGACUUUCACGACAUUGAUUUCUCAACACCAACAUGGCAAGAGAAUGAUAAGUUAAACGAAAAAAUGAAUUUAUUCGUUAACAAAAUUGUGGGAAGCUUACAAGGAACGUUCCAAGAGUUGCAUGAUAUAGUAAUUCUUGAUAGAAAACCGAACAUAACAAAAACGACAACUGCCAAGCCGCCUAAAAAGACAGUAGCUACUAAAAAGCCAAUAACAACGACAAGAAAACCGAUCAGAUUGACUACUUCUAAGAAGCCUCCAGUAAGAACGACUAAGAAACCGGUUCGGUUGACAACAUUGGCUAGAAGGACCACGACACAGCCUCCGACGACAACACCAACUACCACUACUACCACGACAACAACAAAAAAACCGGUGACCAGCACAAAGCGCCCAAAACCAACGAAGAAAGUUACCACCACUACCGUCGCGACUUCAACGGCUACUGAACUAUCUGAUGAAGUUACCACCGAGGAAUUUGUUAAUCAGAGCAUCGACUACAACGAUAAAAACUUGUGUGGAGUCAGGCCCUUGGUGAAAUCAGGUCGUAUUGUCGGCGGCAAGAACGCAAGGUUUGGAGAGUGGCCAUGGCAGGUGCUGGUCAGAGAGUCUACUUGGCUAGGUCUCUUCACGAAGAACAAAUGUGGAGGAGUUCUUAUUACCAGUCGAUAUGUAACUACGGCAGCACAUUGUCAACCAGGAUUCCUUGCAUCUUUAGUGGCGGUAUUUGGUGAGAACGAUAUUUCUGGAGACGUUGAACCAAGAAGACCAGUCGCGAAGAAUGUGCGCAGAGUGAUUGUACACAGGCAGUAUGAUGCUGCGACCUUCGAGAAUGAUCUGGCUCUUCUAGAAUUGGAUUCACCUGUCAAAUUUGAUGCGCAUAUUGUACCAAUAUGCAUGCCUCCUGAUGAUGGAGACUUUACUGGAAGAGUGGCGACUGUGACUGGCUGGGGGAGGCUCAAGUAUGGCGGUGGAGUACCAGCUGUUCUGCAGGAAGUUCAGGUACCAGUAAUAGAAAACAGCGCCUGCCAAGAGAUGUUCCAGACAGCUGGCCACAGCAAAAGAAUACUCAACUCCUUCAUCUGCGCUGGAUACGCCAACGGGCAAAAGGAUUCUUGUGAAGGUGAUAGUGGUGGUCCUUUGGUGUUACAACGCGACGACGGUCGCUGGCAACUCGUGGGGACAGUCUCCCAUGGAAUCAAAUGCGCAGCUCCCUUCCUACCUGGAGUUUACAUGAGAACCACCUUUUACAAGCCCUGGCUGAAGACAAUUACAGGAGUCAAAUAGACCAUAAAAUAGUAUAUUUAUAUUUAUACGUUUUAACUCUCUUUCUCUGAAUUCCCAUUAUUCUUCCUAUAUCUGGGAUUUAUUCGUAUUAUCUCUUUUUCCCCUAACCAUAUCUGGGAAUUUAGUUGCAUAUACUUCUAUAAUUUGCGAAUGAAAAUCCUAGCCGUAUCUUUGAGAUUAUUGUUAUCAUGACUUUAAUUCUAAAUGAACAAUUAUGUGGUCAAUUCAUACAAAGGUUUACCACAAACGAAGAAAAGCAAUUGUGCGGUUUUAUGAAACCAUGAUACAAGUGAAAGUUUUUUUCGCAAAAUGAUAUAUUAAUAUCAGCAUAAUAAUCUAAAAAAAAAACAAAUUUAUAAAAAUUAUGAUUUACAUUUACGAUUCAUAAAAAAGUAUAAUAUGAUUAAAAAAUCUUUUGAAAAUAGAAGAUACACAUCAAUUUAAUCAAAUGAAUAAGGCAUAGUAGUCUUUAUUUAUUUAUAGGGGAUUUAUUUACCAUAAUAAGGCAAAUUAUUUUAUUUAUAGUCACAUAUCAUCUAUUUGAUUUCGUACAGAUAAGCUAUGUAGACUAACUAGUGUUUCGUUAUGUUUACAUAAUCAAAUACUAGUUUAAAAAUUAAUUUUAAAGUAAAAGAAGAUAUGAAAGAAAACAAAAAUGAAAAAUAUCGUAUAAUGCGACGUGAUGUAUUGUACACUAUUUAUUUCAAUUAAUUUUGCAGUAAAAGAAACGAGAUAUAAUUUAAAGAAUAGUAAAACAAAGAUAUAUUGCCACAAACAAAUAUAAUGCAACGAGAUGAGAUAAUGUGCAUAAUAUUAAUCACUUUCAGUAACGUCAAUAAUUGACGAAAAAAAUAAAGAAGUAAAAGAAAUGAGAUAGGAUUAAAAGAACACUAAAAGAAAGAUAAUGUAUGAUGUGGAGUUAUAUAAUAUUCAUAAUAUUAUUAUACAUUAUGAGUUGCUUCAAUUAAUUUUACAGUGAAAGAAACGAGAUUAAAACAAUUGGAAAAUGACGAUAAUUCUUAGAGCACUUUAUUGUACAUUGAUGUUUGAUGAUUGUUUUUUUAUGUUUCGCAUUACUGAGCAUAUCUUCUUGUGUUAUUAUGAUAUAAGAUAUAUUUAGUUUAAAAUAACCUAUAAAAUUAUUACGUAUAUUGAAUAUGUUAAGAUAAUGUAUUCAAAUAGUUUUCUUUAGAUUGAUAAAACAAUUUAACGAUUGAAAUGAAAUAAGAUGCGAUAAUUUUGUAAAAUAUUUUGUUGAUAAUGAGAUUCUAUACAAGCAUUUCAUAAAAUAAUUAAACAAAAAUACUAUUAAAUGUACUUCAAAUCUUUAAGUAUUAAAAUUUAUAAAUUUAAGUCAUUCGUUGUAAAUAUUGUAUUUGUUGGGGUAUUAGCUAGUAAAUGGAGAAUUUCUUGUAUGAAAUUUAGUCUCUCUAAUAUUUAUAAAUCUAAUAUUAUAUAAAUAUAAUAUAUUUUUUUAAAUAUAAACAAGAUAUCGUUAUCUUUAAGAAACUAGGAGAUAAGGAGGUAUAAAAUAAUGAAUUUUUAAGGAAAAUUAAUUAUAAUUCUUAAAAAAAAUAUUUGUUACGGACGGUUAAAGUAAAGAACGUUUUGUUCGUUUGCAAAUAUAAGCUUAAUUGAAAUACUUAUUCUUUAAUGUUUCAUUAUGUUUUACGAAACCAAAUUUAGAGGCUAAAUUAUGAUGGAGAUCUUCAAACUAGUGAUGAUCCUUUUUCUUGACUCUCAUACUUGCAAAUUUGUUUUAUUGUGAAUUUAAAAUUUCAAAAAACAUACGACGUAAUCUUUGAGA